AUGUCAAACAUGCAAGAUUUGACUUCUUCCGCCAAAGGAGAAUGGACAAGUUACCUGGGAAAAACAGAAACCCAAUACAUCGAAGAUACUACUUCAGUUGUUAAUGGGAAGGAUGGUUUGGAAGAAGGCCUCAGACAAUGUAUGACAAAGGCAAGAUUAAUUGCCGAACAAUGGAGGAAGGCUCAAGAUUCCGCUCUUAGUUUACAAAGAAGAAAUAUUGACUCUGUGGAUACCAUUGUCCAGAAUGGAGUGGAAGGCAAUCAAAAAAUCAAAGCUCAAUUUUCUGCUGUUGUCUCGUCAACACUGGGAGAAUCAGAUGUUGCAAACAUCAAUUUACUUUCUUCCGUUGAAGGAGAAUCAGAUUUUGCAAACAUCAAUUUACUUUCUUCCGUUGAAGAUUUACUGAGACUUGACCAAUAUGCAUUUGAGAAAAUCAAUUCCCUGAUUGGUCCUUCUUGUGAGGCUAUGAAAGAAGCAGAAAUUUCUCACUUCCACAUAGUUUCUGAGAUCAUGGUGAACGCAGGGAAAUGCUUGAUGAAUGACUACAUGGUGGAUGGGCCCUCAUGUUCAACACCAAGGAAGAGAGCAUUCAAUAUACCUACCAUGGCGUGCAUUGAAGACCUCAGAACUCCUGCAUUUGAGGGCCUGCUGAAAUCAUUCAGGGAAGCAGGAUUAGGAAGGCAAGCCAAUGGGAAGGUAAAUAAUCAUCAGGAGUGUAUGCAUCCAUUCAGUCCUUCGGCUCCGGAAAUUCUCUCAGGGCAGUUAAGGGAGGAGUUAGAACAACAAAACCUACAAUAA